GAAAAAAUAGAGACGAGCGAGGGGAAUGGAUCCGAUCGGGGCAUCGGGCAGUGGCUGUGAAUGCGGAAGCAAUGGGGCUGAAACUUCAGAGCUGAGCGUUUCCUUCUCUCUUCUCCAAACUCUGAAACAUUAUUCAAACUCCUCUCCUCAUUUCCCUCCCAAACCCCAUCUUCAUCUUUAUAUGCUUCAUUUCUGUUCUCCUUUCCUUUGCAUUCCCAGUUACUUCCCCUACCAGUACCAGGCAUGUUUAACUGAAUUGCUCACCUGAUGCAAAGUACACGUCUAGAAAUCUUGCUUUGUUAAUUUUCUCGAGUUAGAUGAGGACAGUUCCUAUGUGCCUUUCAAUUUGGCAAGUUCCCAGAUGCAGAAUCCACACCUUAGCUAAAUUUUGGCAGGAAAGCUUUCACAGCUUACAUAGGUCAUGUAGAAACAAUUCAAGCUUUAGGUUGCUUUGUUCCAAAGCCAAUGGGCCUGAAGGAGGAUACAACAGAAGAUGGAUUAGAAGACCUGUAAGUACAAAAACAGAAGGAACAAAUAAAAUCACUCAAAAUAGCAGUAAAUCAACAAGUAUUGGGCAUGAAGUUUUGGAUGAAACAGUUUCAACUAGUGUUGCAGUGAAUGUAAAGAAAAAUGAAAUAAGUGAACUUCCAAAAACUCAGUGCUCUGAUAGCCAACAAAAGUUUCCUGAGAAUGUUGAUUUGGCCAAUCUUUUGACAGUUAUUGUCUUUGAUCUUGAGACUACUGGCUUUAGCAGAGAGAACGAGCGAAUUAUUGAGAUUGCACUACAAGAUCUUGAGGGAGGUGAAAACAGCACUUUUCAGACGCUAGUAAAUCCUGAACGCUUUGUUCCUAAUUCAAAUAUUCAUGGCAUUACAACCCAUAUGGUCUGCAGACCUGGUAUUCCAAGGAUGGAAGAGCUGAUACCCAUAUUACUGCAGUAUAUCGAAAGCCGUCAAAAACCAGGCGGCUAUGUACUGUUGGUGGCUCACAAUGCUCGUAUUUUUGAUGUACCGUUUUUGACUAAUGAAUUUAGUCGAUGUGGUGCAGAUAUUCCUUCUAACUGGCUAUUUGUGGACACUGUUCCUUUAGCACGGCAAUGGAUGAAAUCCGAAGGAUUAAAACUUUCUUCAAGAGUAUCACUGGAAGUUCUUCGUGAGACAUUUGGAAUUAAGUUAAGUGGAUCAGCUCACAGAGCAAUGUCGGAUGUGAAAACAUUAUCAUUAGUUUUUCAGAGGCUUGCAUUCGACCUGAAACUGACACUUCGCAGCUUAGUCGAGAAGUCCUUCAAAUCCUCAGAUUUGACCAGUGUGAAGAAGAAAAAGAACGAUUCAAGCUAAAGUCAUAAUGUGUUCAUUGUAACUUAUUUAACUCAUUCUUGUCAAUUCAACCUCAAGCCAUUAUUUUCGGUCAUGGAACACAGGAAAAAAAAAAUGUAAAGAAGUUUUAACUUGGUUCUUAUCAAAGUAAAUUCAAGCCAUUAUUUUCAGUAA